AUGGAUGUUGCUUACGAUACAAAUGGGACACUUUAUGUUGCCGAUAGUAUCAAUGACCGUAUAAUAAAAUUCGUCAAUGGCUCGACCACAGGUAUUAUUGUUCCUGGCUUGACUCUCAAUGGUCCAACGGCAGUUUUCAUGGCAGGCACUGGAAUCUUAUACAUUCUCGAUUCCAUAAAUUAUCGUAUCGUACAAUGGAAUAAUGGUGUAGUUACAGCUGUCGCUGGAGCACAUGGUACUGGUGCAACACUUGAUAAAAUAUCAAUAAGUUAUGCCCUUUAUGUUGAUACUAACUUGAAUGUCUACAUAUCUGAUUACAGCAAUCACAGAAUUUCGUUUUGGACUGCAGGAAAUACAACGAUUGGAAGACUACAUGAUUUUUCGUGUGAUUUAUCUACCUUUGUAUAA